AUGACACCAAAAUUUCACGUGCUCCUCCUCGCCUGGUGGCUAACCCAGCAGGUGACUGGCCUGACAUCCCUAAACAUGCCAUCGUCUUUCCAGCUAGACAUGGCUCCCAAUGCAUUUGAUGAUCAGUAUGAGGGCUGUGUCGAAGACAUGGAGGAAAAGGCACCCCGGCUGUUACAAGAAGACUUCAAUAUGAACAAGCAAUUAAAAUCUGAGUGGGAAAAGGCAGAGCAACAAUGGAAGAAGAUAAAAACAACAGUGAGCUAUCCCAAAGGUUUCCAUGAUUUCCAUGGAACAGCUUUAGUAGCCUACACUGGGGCAAUCUACAAAGAUUUUAAUGAAGCUGUUAGAGAAUUCAAGAAAAAAUCCAGUAAGUUCCAUUACAGGGCCUUCCAUUACUACCUCACAAGAGCUCUUCAGCUUUUGAAUAACCAGAACUGUUAUACGGUUUAUCGAGGCUCUCAGACCAAGUUUCAUUACAGCGGGAAGGGACCGGUGAGAUUUGGGCAACUCACUUCCUCUUCUUUCACUAAGAAGGUAGCUCUUGAAAACUAUGGCGGUGCUCGUGGGACGCUGCUUACCAUCAAAACAUGCCUGGGAGUUUCCAUCAAAACAUUUUCUUACUCCCCCGGGGAAGAGGAGGUGUUAAUUCCAGGCUACGAAGUAUAUUACAGAAUAAGCCCAAUUGGAGAAGGGAACAAGGAAAUGUAUUUGGGCUUCCCCAAAAGAGAGAAGAGCAACUUCAAUUGCUUUUAUAGUGGGUCUACUGACAGCAGUCAUUUCAGUGGCUCAGGUUGUGGAUCUGAGAGUUGA